CAAAGAGAAAUGAGGGGAAUUCCACCGUACCAAAAGCAAGCAUGGCCGCCAAAUACUUGCUAUCGUAGCUACGCUUCUUGAGCUGCGUGUCAUGUUCGACAGUGCGACAUUGUUGAGUACCCUAAGAAAUCCCCGUUCACAAACGGCGACCGCGGACGGAAACGACGUCCGCCGGGAGUUUUAGCGGUAGCAGUCACAGGGAUUUCUCGGGCUUCUCGGAGAACGCCUCGAGCGCUCCAGGCCGGCCACGUCUCCGCUUUUUUUUGGAAAAACGGCGCAGUUUUGAUGCAUAUUGUCCAAAUUACCCUCGGAAAGGUAAAAGAUUUCAAAAUCUCACAUCAUCCCUCCACCCUCCGAUUCCCCCACAAAAUCAAAUUUCCCUUUUCUGUAAACACACUUCAAUAUAAUCACCAGAUCAGCUUGUAUUUGUUAAAAAAUCACAAAAAAUUUAUUAGAUUGCGACUAGAGAAGAUGAAGAGCAGAUCGUUCUUGUUGGAGAAGCCAAGGUUCCUAGCCGUACUACUCUUCGGUCUGUUGGCCGGCGGAUUGUUGAUCUCCAGCUUCGUUCGAACCACCUAUAACUCCUUCCUCUGCUCAAUGACUAGCGCGAACGCCAAAUCCAUCUCGGAAUACUCUGCGACGGCGAUCCAGUUGCAAUCCAUCAUCCACUACGCCACAUCACGCGUCGUUCCACAGCAGUCAUUCAGCGAGAUCUCGGUCUCCUUCGCUGUGCUAAAGGAACGCGCUCCCUGCAACUUUCUGGUGUUCGGGCUAGGGCAUGACUCGCUCAUGUGGACAUCGCUUAAUCCACGAGGCAACACAUUGUUUGUCGAGGAGGAUCCUAAGUGGAUAGAUAUCGUCCUCAAGGACGCGCCCGCGCUCCAUGCACAUCACGUCCAGUACCGGACCCAUCUGUCGGAGGCUGACGCGCUCCUCGCAUCCUACAAGACGGAACCCAACUGUUUGCCUUCCAGGGCCUACCUGCGUGGGAACACUCUCUGUAAGCUCGCAUUGACCGGUCUCCCCGACGAGUUCUACGACACAGAAUGGGAUCUAAUCAUGAUCGACGCCCCGAAAGGAUAUUACGCGGAGGCACCGGGCAGAAUGGGAGCGAUCUUCUCGGCGGCGGUCAUGGCCAGGAACAGGAAGGGAUCCGGUGUUACGCACGUGUUCCUGCACGAUGUGAAUAGGAGAGUGGAGAGGAGUUUCGCGGAGGAGUUCCUGUGCAGGAAGUACUUGGUCAAACAUGUCGGUAGACUUUGGCAUUUCGAAAUUCCUGCUGGUAAUGUGAGUCAGGCCGAAGAUGCCGCCGGCGAUCGAUUUUGCUAAAGUCCGGCCCGGCAUGAUCAAUAUUGGUAGUUUCCCUGUUGUCAUUGGAUUUAAGUAGAAUUUGAUGUGGGGAUAGGCCAGAAUAUUUCAGUCACCCCCUGGAUUUUACCGGAUGGACGAUCUGGAUAAUAAAAUAUAAUGAAUUCUUGCAAAUUCCGU